AAACCUUUUCGAGCGAUACGAGGCCAAUUGGGAAAGCGCCAUGCGGAGAUAGGAGAUAGAGUUCGCUCUCUAUCACUCUUCCCAGAAAAGAACAUACGAACCACAAUGGGUUAACCUGCGACACGAGCAGUCAGUCCUCCCAUAUCACUCAAGAAGGCAGCGCGGGAAAUAUGCAAAGCUUCACCAGCACCUUCAUCCUCACUCCCUCAUCUACCUCCAAUCACUACCCAGUCCUUCAUGAAGUCCCAGAGUUCCUAGCGAAAGAUGCUCACCGGGAGCGACGCGCGCAUUCAAAAUCCAACAAUGGUUGUGCAGCUUGCAAAAGGCGUCGCGUUAAAUGCAACGAAGCUUUCCCAUGCUCAAACUGUGUUCAGCGAAAAGAGCACUGCUCACGGGCCCGGAACCAUAUACAUGAUCGCGUUUCCAAGAGAUCAUCCCAGAACUCCGUCAUACAACAACCUCGCACUCCAGUACUCCAACACCUGUUACCCACCAAUGCCCGUCUGACCCUCACAAACGUCAAGCUCUUCCACCACUUCCAGACCUACACUCGCUCAACACUUCUCCUGCCCGGCCCCGUCUGGCACCUUAUAACGCAUCUAUCUUUCUCCUUCCCUUUCCUCCUCCACGCCAUCCUCUGCAUAUCCGCACGGCAUCUAUCCUAUCUUUGCAGGGAGCGGACAUCACACUAUGCUGGCGUGGCAUCCACACAUCUAACGUACGCACUUUCUGGCUUCCGCAGCUCACUCAGUGUGGAGUCCUCAAAAGCGAAUAUCGACGUGUUCAUGGCGACAGCAUUACUACUGCAGUUCGAGCUGUGGGCUAAUGUCCGCCAUCUUUCUGGCAAAGAAGAGGAUGCAGGGGAAGAUGGUGGAAUAUACGAUCCCGGGACUGACGCGCUAUUCACCUACAGCGCGAGCUUGAAGAACAUUCUUCUGGGAUGCUUCGAACCCAGCGAUGUACACCGGUCGAGCGUGAUGCAGUGGCUGGUCAACGACGGCACGCUGUCAGACGCAGUGCCCGUUGAUGCAGCUACCGCAGCCCAGAUGCGCGACCUCUUUCUAUGCGAACGCAAAGUCGUGCCUGAAGAUCUCUCGCUUGUCGCGUCAACUUAUGCCGACGAUCCGAUCACCAGCAAGCAAUCAGAUCACCAAAGCACUGCAGAUAAUUCCCCAUAUACGGCCGUCAUUGCCGCACUCACGCCCCUCCUCCACCUAACCCAAAUAUCGCACAGAAUCUACUCAUCAUCUCAGCUUACCUCGUCCGCUACAUCAAUAUCAACGAGAAUCGCCCGCCACAUCCUUUGCUUCCCCAUCUUGAGCCGUGGUUUGUUUGGUGGCAAGAUUGCCGCCCGGGAUCCCCGCGCCAUGCUUAUGUUAUACCACUUCUUCCGCGCGGUCCGCGUGCUCUUGGCCGGCGAUGAAUUCUGGUGGGCGGCGAGGCGAGCUGUGGCAUUGGAGCAGGGAUUAGGAACAUUGCUCGGGGAUGGGGAUGAAGGCUGAGAGACGGCAAAUUGGGGCGCGAAAGGGUCGCUAAGAUGUACGAGGCACACUAGUGCAACACGAUAGACUGCAGGAUG